CAGACACCGAAGCUGAUCAUUCGCCCAGACUUACUCAGAUCUGUUCCCGCUGACCCCAUGCCGAAGAUGGGCGAAGGGCCAGGAGAGUAUUGAGGGACAUCAACGAACAGAAAUCUUGGGGACCUGACACAUUUCGUCAUCAUGGAAGAGGUGGGCGUGAUAGCUGUUCUAUAUCGAGUAACAGAACCCCACCGAAUACAUGUCAGGCCUUCACGUGAACCAUCUGUCUGAUUUCAUCACCUGUCCGGGCCCGACGGGUCGCUAAUGAGGUUUUCUGGAGUGUCUUUGAGGUAUUCUCGCAGUUGGGACGAUGCCAAAGGCAGAGAUUACUGACUAUUGAAAACGCUCACCAAUCUGCAUUAUGAACCAUCACCCACUGCCUCAAGUGUCUUCUCGGAGGGCUUGGGCCGGACUAACAAUGGCUUAGCCGAGGGGCACGAGCGAGCCAACUGUCUUCCUCACUUCUUCGGUCCUUCUCCCGGUGCCAUCCCACCAAAAAGAAUGCCUCGUGCCUAAGGUGCCAACAGUACAAUUCCCCCCCAAGAGCCCGUUGCUAGGGCAGACUGCGGGCUUGUUAUGUUUUCCAUCUCGGAUGUGCCCCUCUUCUCCCUUGACUGAGGAUCAUUGACUUUGACCGAGUGUGAGUUGCUGGAGCAAUGAGUCCAAGCUCGACGAAGCCUCAGUUCCUUCGAUCUCUCCCGUCCACCUCGUCACUCAAGCCGGCCAAAGACAAGCCUCGACUCUACAUCGUCCUCUAUCCGCGGAGUGCCUCGUCCACGAAUUCUUCCUUUCGCAACGCCCUCAGCUGCGACUCUUAUCACUGGUCUAUCGUUGUCGGUCCUCAGACUGCUCGGCGGACGGACCAGGGGAUCCGCUAUCAUGUAGCUCACCUCGACCACAACACGCACAGGCACUUCUACGAGGAACAAGACAUCCCUUCAAACCCCAUCGCCCAGAGCGGUCUGGUGCGUGUCGCCGUGUGCAAGGUCACGGACGAAGAGCGCCUUCAUUCCAUCCUGCGAGACCUGCCGAUCCCAGCGGACGACUCGGCGUUCAAUUGUCUCACCUGGGUCCGCGAAGCGUUCUGCAAACUCCAUGAAGACGGCAAAUCCGUGAAGAGUUACCUCAACGCAGACGACUGGCAGGGCGUGGAGACGUGCGCCCGGAAGUACUGCAAGCGGAAGAGAGACGCGGGCAGGUUCCAAGAAGGAAACGCGGUUCUCAACAACAAUGGCGGGGAGGCCGCGUGGAGUGUGGACAAGAUCAGCACCUUCAACUUUUGGGAAAAUCGUGAGACCACGGCCUAGGCGCAGGCAGAGAGAUUCAGACCAGGUCGCAGUCAGUUGUGCAAGCCAGGUGAAAUUCCGGGAGAAAGGAGAUGUCGAGCGAAUACGGACUUGUGCUGCUACUAGAGGGAGACUGCUUCUAUAAUGUGACUUGAGCCUCUCGAGACACAGAAUAUACAGCUGCCUACGAAUUCACAUGGACCAACUACGGGUAUCUUAGGAUUUUGUGAAACGACCGGAGUUGUCGCGUCAUUUCUUCCAACAGAUCGAGAUCGUCGCAGCACAACUGGUGUCGACAGAUUUCAGAAGCAUCCGCGAAACUCACCGCGGCUAAUGUAGAUGGGAGGCAACGAGUUUGGAAUCUUGGAAAAGAGGUGAGCUCAAGGGAGGAGAUACAGGGCGAUCGAACGACGUAGAUGUUUUUGAGCCACCGCACUACUUGUGUUUUAUCCUUGCCUUUCGACCUUUGUCCCAAGUUUGCGCGUCCUCUAGAUAUCUUGGUACAUGGUGCUAUAUGUGUUGGGGUGUGGAUUCUCGAGUAUCGUACUUGUUUCAUGGAUAAGUGACCAGUCGAUCGAGUUCUCAGAUUCGCAUCAAAGUAGCCAUCCCAGCUGUCUGGGCGGCAGUAAGUCACCAAGACAAAUCUACUCCGUG